AUGGAGCAAAUGAGUGACAAGGUGGAGUUCAAAUUAUCGUACAUCGGAAGAUUCGAUAAAAAUUCCGACGGCGUCGAGUGUAUGCAUGGGCCUUCGGAAUGCCUUGGAAACAUGAUCGAGCUGUGUGCUGCUCGCAUCUAUCCGGAUCCCAAGAUUUAUCUAGGCUUUGCAAACUGCUUGACCACCAGCUAUUCUCUUAUCCCCAAUCAAGACCUGGUCAGAUCCUGUUCUUUCGAGCACGGCAUCAGCUUCGACCGUGUCAACAAAUGUCUAAGUGACGAAGGCCAUGGCUCCGAGCUCCUUCGAGAAAGUUUCAUUCGGAGUCAGGAAGGCAAUGUGACCAAGAGCUGUACUGUCCGUCUAGCGGGAGAAGUUCGAUGUAUCCGUGACGGCGGAGAGUGGUACAACUGCCCUGGAGGCAGUAGAGUCGAGGAUUUGGUCCGCGAUAUCGAGCGUCUGUACGAGGCUGAGAGGUAA